AUGACCGUGUCUCCCACCCCCACAGCGCAGCCCAACCCCCCACCUCCCAUGAACAUCACGAACAAGCCCGUCGCAAAGCAGAACCCCUCAAUCCCCAAACCCAGACUACGUCUGCACGCGCAAGCCCUCCGACACCCGGGAACGAAAGCCUUUCUAGCCAACGUCCCCGACAUAUCCGAGCCCUUCGACACAGCACUAAGCGUAAUCGUAGAGCACCUCUACACGUCGCACAACCAACAAGGCGGCCCAUCCUUCAAUCCCAGCAUCCCACCCACCCGCUCCGUGACAUUCAUCCUCCGUGACUUCCAAGGCCUGGCACAUACCAAUGGCACUGAGCUAGACGAUGACCACAAGGAGAUCCACAUGUCGCUAGGUUGGCUGCAGGACACGGGGGCGCGGCCUAGCACCCGCCGCGAGAUACUGGGGGUGCUCACGCACGAGCUGGUGCAUUGCUACCAGCAUAGCUCGCCGCGGGGCAGUGGGAAGCCCGGUCCACCGGGUGGGUUGAUCGAGGGGAUUGCAGAUUUCAUUCGUCUCAAGGCGGGCUUUGUCCCUGCGCAUUGGAAACGGCCGCAGUCGUCGAAGGAGCGCGCGGAGAAGUGGGACCAGGGGUAUGAGCACACGGCGUUCUUUCUGGCAUGGUUGGAGGAUGUGAGGUUUGGGAAAGGCGCCGUGGGUUUGGUGAAUGAUCGGUUGGGGACAGUGGGUUACGCGGCUGUUAAUGGGGUGGGUUUCUGGAAGGGCAUUUUUGGGAGGACUAUUCAGGAGCUGUGGGAGGAGUAUGGUCAGUGGUUGGAUGGUGGGCAGGGACCAGAGGGUCAGAGAGGGCAGAAGAAGAACUGGAUGGAGAAGCUUGUCCACCGGUGA